UCUGCUCCAUGCUCGGUUGCUCGGGGGCCAGUACUGGCAGCAGUAGGUGGAAGGAGGAACCAGGAUACCGCAAAAGCUGGGAAAUGGACUCAGUGACCUUUGAGGAUGUGGCUGCGAGGUUUACCCAGAAUGAGUGGCCUCUGCUGGAUCCUUCCCAAAAGAAUCUCUACAGAGAUGUGAUGCCAGAAACCAUCAGGAACCUGAAGUCUAUAGGAAUAAAAUGGAAAGACCAGAACAUUGAAGAUCAUUGCAAAGAUUCCAGGAGAAAUACAAGAAAUCAUAUGACAGAGAGACUCUAUGAAUGUAAAGAUGGUCAAUGUGGAGAAACUUUCAGCCUGAUUCCAGAUGCUAUAAUGAACAAGAAGACUUUUCCUGGGAUAAAACCUUGUGAAAGCUGUGUGUGUGCAGAAGGCAACAUGGACCCUUCAUCUCUGAAUUGCUGCAUCAGAGCUGACACUGGACACAAACCAUGUAAGUGUCAGGAACAUGGAGAGAAGACACAUAAACAUAAGCAGUGUGUAAAAACCUUCAGCUGUCUCCACUCCUUUCAAACACAUGAAAAGCCUCACACUGGAGAGAAAGCCUAUGAUUGUAAGGAAUUGAAAAAAACCUUCAUUUCUCUCAAAACUGUUCAAAGACACAGGGUAAUGCACAGUGGAGAUGGACCUUACACAUGUAUUUGUGGGAAAGCCUUUGUUAGUCUCAGUCUAAAUCUCACACAUGAAAGAUCUCAUACUGGACAGAAGCCAUAUAAAUGUAAUGAAUGUGGGAAGGCCUUUGAUUGUCUCAGCCAUUUUCAUAGACAUGAAAGAACACACACCGGGGAGAAGCUGUAUGAAUGUAAGCAGUGUGGGAAAGCCUUUAAUCGUUCCAGUAAUAUCGUAGCACAUGCAAAAAUUCACACUGGAGAUAAACUGUAUGAAUGCACUCUUCUGCAGGAGGGUGUUCUGGCCAUAGGAUCCAGGGAAAGUGGGGCUGGGAAGCGCAUCUCCAGGGAUGUCUACACAGCAGAAUGCAACAACAUUGUCCUGCCCAAAAUGUGCUCCCCCUUCAAGACCUCUCCAAGAUAG